CCAACCAAUUCUCCAAUAUUUGUUCCUUGUUUUCACAUAAUGGCUCAAUAUGUCACGAGGCACGUCCGAGUUUCAGCAGUCAUCCUCUCGAUGCUUGCUGCUGUAGCAUUAGCAGCAACGCCGCCUGGAAUAGCCAAGAACCCGAGCAAUGCAAGAUGCAAGGACGGUCGGUACAAGGAGUGCAUGAACUUGGAGCACGUUUGCCCCAAAUUCUGCCCAGACUCGUGCUCUGUUAACUGUGUCUCCUGUAAGCCUGUCUGCGGGAACUGGACUGCACCUCCAGUGGACUCCAGCCCUCCUCCUCCUGUCACCACCACUCCACCCUCUCCUCCUCUCCCGGUUGUCGUCACGCCUUCACCACCUCCUCCAGAGUCAGAGUCACCACGGACUCCAACACCUACAACUCCAGCAUCUUCCCCACAGCCACCUUCUCCCAGUAGUCCGUCGCCAUCCACUCCAGACAGUUCGCCACCACCUUCCAACCCCCCUCCUUCACCUACUACUCCUACUCCAAGGACACCAUCGAGUGAAGCUGCCGGACAGCAGAGAGUAAGGUGCAGGAAUCGGUACUAUCCCCAAUGCUACGGGCAGCAGCUCACAUGUCCAAGUGCUUGCCCUACUGGAUGCAUGGUCGACUGUGCCUCUUGCAAGGCCGUCUGUCAGUGCGAUUAUCCAGGAGCAGUGUGCCAAGAUCCGCGAUUCAUUGGCGGCGAUGGGAUCACCUUCUACUUCCACGGGAAGAAGGACCAUGACUUCUGCCUCAUGUCCGAUCCCGACCUCCACAUUAACGCACACUUCAUCGGUAGGAGGAACAAGUACAUGAAGAGGGACUUCAGCUGGGUCCAGUCGGUGGGGAUUCUCUUUGGGAAGCAUCGCCUCUUUGUCGGAGCUCAAAAGACUGCCACGUGGGAUGACUCUAUUGACCACCUCGUCCUUUCCUUCAAUGGAGAGCAAAUACUCCUCCCAGAAACAGAUAGUGCGUCGUGGCAGUCCGAGAGCAUACCGACCGUCUCCCUCUCUAGGGCGGGAGGGAACACCAACACCGUCACGGUAGAAAUUGAAGGCAAGCUCAAGAUCAUGGCCAGGGUUGUCCCGAUUACUGAACAUGAGUCUAGGGUGCACAACUAUGACAUUACCCCAGAUGAUUGCUUUGCUCACCUUGAUCUUAGCUUCAAGUUCUAUUCCCUGAGCAACGAAGUGGACGGCAUAUUAGGCCAGACUUACAAGCCCGGGUACAUGAGCCUGGUAAAGAUUGGGGCUCGGAUGCCAGUUAUGGGAGGGGAUGACAAGUUCUCGGCUUCAAGCCUCUUCGAUACUGACUGUGCUGUGGCUCGGUUUGUUGGCAACCGCAACGUGGAGUCCAAUGACAAUGCUGUGAUGCUAGAGCUGCCGACCUUAGGGUGUGCAAGUCGAAUGGAUGGAAAAGGAGUCGUUUGCAAGAGAUAAGAGCUUACCGUUGAUUUUUAAUAAAUGUUUCUAUUUUGAUAAUUACCGGUAAAGAAUAAGCCUGGAAAGCAACAAAUAAUUGGUGAAGGAAUUGCCAAUGCGAAUACUAUAUUAAUUAUGUAUUGGCUCAUUCGAGUUCUUGUCCAAAAUUUAUAAUUAAGUAUGUAACCAGAAAAACAAAAUCUGUGUUCAAAUUUCACUUUUCCAUACUGUG